GGGGCCAGGAAGACCCCGCUGCCCGGACGCGCCUCAUGUCCCGUGGGGGCUGGGCAGACACACAUAUAUGGCCUCGGGGUGACCAGCUGGGACCACUCACUUGCCACUGCCCGGGAGCCAUGCUCGUCGCCACUCUUCUGACCCUGGCCCUGCUGGGCAGUGCCCAGGCCUGCACCCAAGGCCCCUCGCGCGUGGCAGGCAUCGUGUGCCGCAUCACCAAACCAGCCCUCCUGGUGUUGAACCAAGAGACUGCCAAGGUGAUCCAGACGGCCUUCCAGCGAGCCAGCUACCCAGAUAUCAAGGGUGAGAAGACCAUGAUGAUCCUUGGCCAGGUCACAUACGGGCUACACAACAUCCAGAUCAGCCACUUGUCCAUUGCCGGCAGCCAGGUAGAGUUGGUGGAAGGCAAGUCCGUGGACGUCUCUAUUCAGAACACGUCUGUGAUCUUCAAGGGGACCCUGAAGUAUGGUUACACAGCGGCCUGGGGGUUGAGCGUUGAUCAGUCCAUCGACUUCGAGAUUGACACCUCUAUCGACCUACAGAUCAACACACAGCUGACCUGUGACUCUGGCAGAGUGCGGACCACUGCCCCCGACUGCUACCUGUCUUUCCACAAGCUGCUCCUGCAUCUCCAGGGGGAGCGAAAGCCUGGGUGGAUCCAGCAGCUGUUCACAGACUUCAUCUCCUUCACGCUGAAGCUGGUCCUGAAGGGACAGAUCUGCAAAGAGAUCAACCUCAUCUCCAACAUCAUGGCCGACUUUGUCCAGACCAAGGCUGCCAACAUCCUCUCGGACGGAGACAUCGGGGUAGACAUUUCCUUGACAGGAUCACCCGUCAUCACAGCCACCUACUUGGAGUCCCAUCACAAGGGUUAUUUCAUCUAUAAGAAUGUCUCAGAGGACUUCUCCCUGCCCACCUUCUCGCCCACACUGCUGGGGGACACCCGCAUGCUGUACUUCUGGUUCUCCGAGCAAGUCCUUGACUCCCUGGCCAGGGCUGCUUUCCAGGACAGCCGCCUCAUGCUCAGUCUGACAGGAGAUGAGUUCAAGGAGGUGCUGGAGACCCAGGGUUUCAACACCAAGCAGGAAAUCCUCCAGGAGCUUGUUGGCGGCUUCCCCCUGAGCCAGGCCCAGGUAACCGUUCACUGCCUCAAGAUACCCAAGAUUUCCUGUCAAGACAAGGGCGUCGUGGUCAGUUCUUCCGUGAUGGUGAAAUUCCUCUUCCCACGCCCAGGCAGGCAGCAUUUCGUGGCUUACACCUUUGAAGAGGAUAUCGCCACUACCAUCCAGGCCUCCUAUUCUGAGAAAAAGCUCUUCUUAAGCCUCUUGGAUUUCCAAAUGACACCAAGGACUGUUUCCAACUCACCUCAGAGUGGCUCCGAGUCUGUGCAGAGUUUCCUGCGGUCGAUGGUCACCACGGUGGGCAUCCCUGAGGUCGUGUCUCGGCUCCAGGUGGCAUUUACAGCCCUCAUGAACAGCAAAGGCCUGAAUCUCUUCGAAAUCAUCAACCCUGAGAUUAUCACUCGGGAUGGUUUCCUGAUGCUGCAGAUGGACUUUGGCUUCCCUGAGCACCUGCUAGUGGAUUUCCUCCAGGGCUUGAGCUAGAAAGCACCGAGAAGGGGGGACAGAGCUGAACCAGAAGGCGCGCACCAGGCUCACAGCGGAACCUGGCCUCUCCCCCCUCGGGUGGGGGUCAGGGUGGGGACAGGGAGAUGGAGACAGAACCCCCAACUCCUGCCCAUGCUAAAAGCCUCUUGGCAUUAAAAGGCUGAAUCC